AUGGGUGAGCGCGACCGCGAUUCCGCAGGCUACGGCUCGCAUGAACGACCUCUGUAUCGACCAGACAAAUCGCAAUGGACGUUCGAGCGCUCUACUGCCUCUGCAACAUCUCUUUACGCGGUCGGAUCACCACGGACUGUUCAUCACCAAGAGGACUCCGAGCUUCCAGCCCAUGAUGAACCGAGCAAAGCGCCACCAUCUGCGCGGCUAGUGAGCCAGACUAAAGCUCUCCUAGCGAGAGCCCCGGAGCUGCAAGCAGCUUCUGAUUUACUUGCACCACUUGCUCGAGUAUCUGACGUGAUCACACAAGCAACGGACCGCCAUGACCCUGGAAGGUCGAAUCUCCUUGUCUCAACAACAGUAUCCGACAAGGCCGUUAGAAAGCCCGCACGUAUCGUGGCGUAUGUCUCCGGAUCGACAGGAAGCGAUCUGAGGGUCUCACAAAUCCAGCUUCCACGGCAAGGGUGGGGCAGCGUGCACCGUCCAUGCCUUCGUGUCCCCACUGUGCACGGCGAAAGUACGAAAUGGAUAGGCCCCGGCGCACCUAUACAAGGACUUGUUUCUGGGCAUCCGGAUGGCCGAGGGAACACGUAUUUAGCUGUUCGCCUUCCGACUAAAACAGUGGUGCUUAGACCGGUGAUGAGCCAUGCACCUAGCUAUACGGAGUCCCGCCUGGAAACACACUCUGUGUAUGAGUUCACCUACCCGGAGACCGGAGAGACACCUCACGCCGACGUUGCAUUUGACCCAUGGUUUACCCGCCGAAUCGCUUUCGUUGACCGGACCAAUCUGUGGUCAGUCUGGCAGCUGCCUGGCGAGAAAGGAGCCGGACCAAAGCGCGUAUGCCAAGGUUCGCUCCACAAUGACGCUAGCCAUGACAAUGCGCAAGCUGUUGACGACGGCUGGGCACGCAUUGCCUGGGUCUUUGAUACGACCCUCAUCGCAGUGUGCAACAGAUGUCAGCUGAAAAUCUUCGAAGUCUCAGAAGGCUUCUUCUUCGAAACUUUCAACUACGAUGUUGCCCUAGAGAGCGGGUCUGGAUGGAUCUUGGACAUGGCCGCUCUGGAACAGACUCCUCGCAUCCUCUGCAUACUGACGACAGAGCAUCUGGUGGUCUACAGCAUCAACAGGCGGCCUGGAUCAAACCUUGUGGUCCACCGAUCUAUUGCGAUCCGUCACUACCGCAACCCGGAGGACAUAACCUUAUGUCUGCGCCUUGUCGAGACCAAGCAAGACACUGCUGUCAUUAUCUUCUCAACCGCCACUCCAACGAUUACCGUAUACACUCUGGACAUCUCAGAUGAAACAUUCGUUACCACGGACGACGCUGUCGAGCUCGUCCUUUCGCGGUUCCUACCAGAGAACUCUGCGUCACAUCGAAUCGUGGAUCUGUACCUCAGCGAAGGCUUCUACGACCAACUGGAAGGUCAAUCCAUCGACGAGCACGACGCCGAAAUGCCUCGCCUCUACAGCAUCUUCUCUCUGGAUAGCGCUUCGGCACUGCACGAAUGCAUGUGUGCCACUACACCACAUCUCAGUCCACCAACAUGGCGAAAGGCUCUCCCCAAAAGCGUCACCAGAGUCGCGAACGACGACUUCAUGGUCGAUGAUGACGAUGUCGAAAUCGCUGCAGAGUCUGCCCAGCUUGCACGACCACAGUCUGCAUACGUCCAACGUCGACGGGCAGAAGCGCUCCCUACCACCGGAGAUGAGUGGACGAUCGGCUACAAACUCAGCGUUCGCCAGCUCAAUGAUGUGGAUGUCUCACAGGUCACCAAUGUCGAUGAAGUCUUGGAAGAAACGCGCGAUGCUUUACGCAAUGAGAAUAGUGUACAUGAUACGCCACUCAAGACGAUCAGAGAGCUUACAGACGGCGAGUUGACCAUCUCCAACCUCGGGCGUAGUAAUCAACAGCUCAACAGUCUCAAGGUGAUUGCUGUGAAUGGGAUGCGUGGGGAUGCUGAAGUGGACGAGCCUCGAAGGCGGCCAACUCUCUGUCCCGUAGCACCUCCACCAGCUCUCGAGCUCCCGGCCAAUGCUCACUCCGAGCCCUUCUCGGUCUACGAUCAGGCAGCGCAAAAAGUCUUCACAAGCCAUUUGCCUGACGACCUCCCAGAGUUGGUGCGGCACACCAGAGAACACCUGGCACAACGCAUGGGUGUAGAGCUAGCACUCGCUAGCCAAGUCUUUCGCCUCGAAAGCGCAGAGCCAGUGGAAGAACCGGAGCAAGAGCCACAAAGCCAGGAAUGGAAGCUGCCACUGCGUUCAGCGCCUGCCUCCUACUCGCAGCAGCCUGGCCCGACCAUCGAUGCCAAAUUCUCGAGCCAGCUGCAAGGUUCGAGUCAAUCGCAAGUCUGCCCCGAGCUUCAGCCACCUCCGCUACCUACCCCUUCGGCAUCAACAUCCGCACCUCAAUCAAGCGCAACGGGCACCAGCUACUCGACCGCCCAAACAUCGCAAUCCCUCGCCCGCCUAAGCCGCUACACCGCAUUCACCAACGCAACGACCACACCAACUCUUCCCCGCCGCCUCAACCGCGUCCUCACCCAUUGGAACCUCGGCGACAACCCUUCAACCUACGACUGGCGCACCACCAGCCACACCAUCUCCCAAAACGAGAACGCCGGUCUCUCCAACGAAGACAUGACCGAGCGCGAACGUCAGCGUGUUCAGCGCCGUGCAGAGCGGAACUUGCGUCGCCAGCGCCGCGAGGCAGAGGAGAGUCAAAAACAGCAAGCGCUUAGUAGCCAGGCGCCGUACGUUGUGAGCGCGAGUCAGCCGAGAGCGGCGGCGCAGGCGAUGAGUCAAGGGACGCAGCGGGUGAAGGUGGGGAGUCAGAGUCAGGGGAUGAGCCAGGAGCAGAUGGUGGCUAGUCAGGUUUUGCCUGGCAGGCAUGGGGGCAGGGGGCCGGCGAGGAAGAAGAGGAAGUCUGGGUUCUGA